GACCGACCGAGCAAUCUGUGAGCUCGAGUCCCUCUCAAGAGUAGCGACAAAAACCCUGUCUAGCACGACGCUAUUCCCCGAAACCGACCUGAGUCUUGAACCCCCUAUGCUCCCGCAACGCCGCCAUGGGCUUCAAGAAGUUCAAGGCCGAUGUCUCCACGGCAGGCCAGAAAGCUGCCAGCGGCGAAAUUCCAGGCGUGCGCUCCAUAACGACUGGCGACUCUGAUGGCGAGGUUGUCAUCAAGUACCAUCAUGAGAGCUUGCUGGCAGAUGUUCGCAUCCAGGCCCUGGCUCAGGAUGUCGGCGAGUAUCCCGACGGAAACAUGUUCAUGCUCUGGACCGAUGAUCCAGAUCCGCCCACACCCGUGGCCGCUGCGGUAAAAGCCGCCCGAGAAUACCUGCUAGGCAUGUCCGUCUACGAAAUGGUGACGGAGCUGGUCCGCCGCUUGGAGAAGGAGAUUGGCCGCGCACUUGACGGAGAGGUCGGAAGCCCGGGCGACGUGACUGAAGAAGACGAAGUUGACGACUAUGAUGUUGCAUUUGACACAGACUAUCCCUCAGAUGGGGACGAAUUUGGCCUCCCGUCACUGCCAGCGCAACGCUCGCACCACAACUUGAACUCGUCAGUCAACCAAAAAGACUUGCUUCGGCGCAUCAGGAGAGACCUCCGAGAGGUAAGAGAAGCUGGCUACAGAGUCGGCUUCCUCGAUGGCUUUGGCAAGGAUUCUACAACCGGCACCAUUGCUCUUUCCAUCCGUCUUGACAAACUGGCUCUAUCGAACGAGGCCAUGGAGGCGUGGGAUGUGAAGCCCACCGAGUACGUUGUCCUCCUAGUCCGGUUCGACAGGAAGUACUAUCCACUGGAACAAGUCUUUAACCAGGCUGCCGCGCGCACGGAAGUGACCUUCCGCAUCGGAAAAUGCAGCAAACACAAGCCGUCGAUCGAGCAGGCCUCGCGAGCCUUCGCAAAGCCCAACCGUUCCGUUUCCACCGAGGGGUCCGAACCAGUGAAGUCGACAGAACGGGAUAGCGAUGAGACAAGGUUCGAGAAACUACUGGUCUCUAACUCGUUGGACUCGUUCAUGUGUGAGAGUUUCAUAUCUCUCCUCAAGAUCCGGGAGGCUCACGGCUGCAGCUGGGAAAAGGCCAAUGACGUCUUGUUGUCAAGGAUCGGUUUAGUUGCCGAGGAGAGCUGGGGGUAUAACCCGCACUCUGAUGCCGACUCCAACAACACUGCCCCCGAGCCCGAACCUGUUCGGGUCCCCGGCGCAGACCACCUUCUGCAGGGAGGCAAUGACAGCGAGCGCAGCUUCCCUCUUAUUGCGGUCCAGUUCGCCAUGCGCUACUUUGUUAGGUGCACCGAAUACUGCCUGCGGUGCCAUCGUCGUCUCGAGAAAGGCUUCGAAGCUCUGCGGCCCUACGUCUGCUCUGACCCACUGUGCCUGUUCCAGUACAUGGCCGUGGGACUCGGCCCUUCGAUAGAGCAUGAGAUUCUUACGGAGCCUUACGUUGUCGAUCUCCUCGUCAGCCUAUGCUACGCCGCCGUCCAACCAGCCUCCAUCCACUUGGCAAACAAUCCUUCGAAUACGCGUCCCAAGUUCCCAAUCCGCUCCUUCCCGGUCGGCUUGCGCCUCAGGGUUCCGGACUUGACCAAUCCCACGGCAGUAACAUUCAAGGCGAGGCUCGAAGCCGGUGACAAGCAUAUCGUUUUUGAAGAUGAGGCCGCGAAAAGCCUCGGAGGCCGCCUGGCACCAGGCGCUUGGCUUGCUUUCCCAAACCCCACGACGCGCCUCAUCCGGAAUGCACGGGUGAAGGAAGUCUACAGCUCUCCCAAGACCGCCGUUAUUGAAGUGAUUGGCGAGUCUGUCGUCUCUUGGUCCUUUUCACAAUACAGUCCGCAAUACUUGCCAAACCAACCAGGGCCGAGUCCUGCCACCGGUAGCAUGACGCCAAGCGCAGCGACGGACGACGCUGACAUGGUGGAUAUCUACCUCUACGACACUGACUUUGACUCCUUGGACGACUUCAGCAAGGCCGCCGCAAUGCGACAUCUUCUCGAUACCCUUCCGCCCAUCCUCGAGAUUGAGGAAUGGCUGGCCAGUCACCCGGGGCACAGUUUCCGCGCCAUGGGACGCAUCUCCCCCGCUGCCGCGUCGCUCCUUCAAUGGAUUGUGUCCUCAAACCGGUCCUGUAUUCUUCAGGUUGACCGCUCGCGGGCUAUCGCUCGACGAGCAAAGGGGCCCAUCGAGAGGGGAAAACCAGCGCCCGGCGCGAAGAAGAAGAACAUGGGGCCUCCGGAGACCGCUGGAGUAGCUGGCAGGGGAAGAAACCGGGAGCACGAGCGCAUCUUGGGCAUGGAUGGAUGGGUCCAAUUCCGCUUUGCCCAGGGUGCACCAGACAAGGAAUUACGCUUCAACCGAGCCCUCCAAGAGGUCGCUGCACGCAAGCACAUCGGCCAUAACCCGACCAUUUUCGCAUGGCACGGGAGCAACUUAGCAAACUGGCACAGCAUUCUGCGGACCGGCUUGGACUUCCAGAACAUCAACAGCGGGCGCGCCUUUGGGCAUGGUGUCUACUUCAGCCGGUGGAAAGAGACCAGCGUGGGAUAUGCCUCCAAGGGGCAAUCGUGGCCCAACUCAGACCUCGGCAUCACCAACUGCUUGAGUCUGAACGAGAUCAUCAAUGCACCGGACGAGUUUGUGUCCUCUAACCCUCACUACGUGGUGUCUCAGCUGGAUUGGCAGCAGUGCCGUUACCUCUUUGUCCAGACAGCCGCGGGUAGGACGCAGGAGUUGGCUCAAGACCAGGCAGCCAAUGGUGGUACGACGACCAGCCCGGCUUUCUAUCCACAGGCGCGGGGAGGUGAGGCUUUUGGACAAGGCUACCAGCCCUUGAAAAUCCCUCUGUGUGCCAUCCCACUUCGAACAAUUGGCCCGGCACCAGCCACGCCGCCGGAUUCCGCGAAACGGACAAUGCACCUGCUGGAGGAGAGUGAAGACGAGGAUGCCGAAGACGCGUCCCGCCUGAUGUCAGAUGAUGAGGACGACGACUUCUACAUUCCACCGAGCAAAAAACCAGCAUCGCCGGCCUCUAGUGUGGGCGCGGCGAGCAUUCAAAACAUAUCUCAUGUAAGCCGCGGCGGCCCUCCGAGCCCGGCCAGCAGCAGCGUCGGCCGCGGCCUAACCGAGUUUGAGCCCGGCGCACUAGACCUCUCAACUCUCCCGCGCCUUCAGCCCCCUUCGUUUGCGACCGACGGCGCCACAAGAGCGCUCAGCCGCGAGCUGCGGGAUCUCCAGGCCCUGCAGGCCAAGACACCACUUCACGAGCUCGGCUGGUACGUCGACUUCGACAACGUGAGCAACCUGUACCAGUGGAUCAUCGAGCUGCACAGCUUUGACGUAAGCUUGCCGCUAGCCCAGGACAUGAAGCUGGCCCAGGCCACCUCGGUUGUGCUCGAGUUGCGCUUCGGAUCGGACUUUCCCUUCUCCCCGCCAUUUGUGCGCGUUGUCCGCCCGCGCUUCCUGCCCUUCAUGGAGGGCGGCGGGGGGCACGUCACGGCGGGCGGCGCCAUGUGCAUGGAGCUGCUGACGGAGUCGGGCUGGAGUCCGGCCAACAGCAUGGAGAGCGUGCUGCUGCAGGUGCGCAUGGCGCUGUGCAACUUGGAGCCGAGACCGGCGCGGCUGGACCCCAGGCUCCUGAGGAAGACUGGCGCCCGCCCCGGGUAUAAGGGGGAUUAUAGCAUCGGGGAGGCUAUCGAGGCCUUCACGAGAGCCGCGAAAUCGCAUGGUUGGACGGUACCCAAGGGGUUGAAGGUUACUGCCCUGGGGGGUUAAUCGAACCGGCAGGGUUCGGAAGAGAGAACGGGGCCCAUGAUGAUGGAUCCAGACGUGGGCUUUUCACGAGGCAACGACGACUACAUACGCAGUGGGAGGUGCUAACUCGAUGUAUUCU